ACUCUUUUUUCUUUUUUUUAAAGGGGGAGGGACAAGAUCAUGUAUUUCUUCUUACAGAAAACUCAGGUCUUCUCAGGCCUAAAAAAACUCUGUUAAAGUGUUGCAUUAGAUUAAGAAUCGAACAGCCACAUCAAGUACGAUAUUAGCUACCCAAUAACAGAUCAAGUCUAGAAAAAUAAAUAAAUAUAUAAAGAAGGACCCGAGAACUAAAAACACGCGCAGAUGCGCAUCUGCACCACAGGAGGAAGCCCAUCGUGUGAAGUCCGCGGCAGCAUUAGAUAGGCUGUGAUGAGGAGACUGAGGAAGUGUGUCGCCCCCUCCGCAUAGGCUGCGUCCGUUUGGUCGCCGUUCUGCUCGGAAAUCACUCGGAGCUCCGCAGCCCACCGGCCGCCCCCGCAGCCCCAGAUACAGCUGAGACAGCGGAAGAAAUGUGGGGAAACGGGGCACCCUUUUAACGCCCAAAACACGGGAGGAUUGUUGGUCGAAGCGCACACAUCGAGCGAAAUUGGGCGGAAAACUCGGCGCGCCGAUGGAAUUCAUUUAGCCAACGCAGCGCAGCCGCGGUUGAUCAGGAUUACAGUGAAGAUGUGCUGGCAGUGUUAACAGAGAAGGAAGACAGGUGGCACCAUGGGUGAUGGAGGAGCUCUGCGGACAGAAGGAAAUGCCCUGCUGAAGGCUGUGUUCCAAGGCAAGCUUCGUCUUGCCCGAUUGUUACUGGAGGGAGGUGCAUACAUCAAUGAAGGCAAUGAGAGAGGGGAGACGCCCAUCAUGGCUGCCUGCAUGGCAGGAUAUGAUGAUUCACAGACACGUCAGAAAAUGGUGCGCUAUCUUCUUGAGAAGGGCGCUGACCUGAAUAUCCCUGAUAAAUCAGGCCGGACUGCCUUGAUGCACGCUUGCUCUGAGCGGGCAGGAAAAGAUGUUGUGUCACUACUCCUGGAGAAUGGAGCAGACCCAAGUCUCAAAGACUACUCUGGGUCUUCGGCUCUAAUGCAUGCCAUCAACACAGGUGAUCGAGAAACCCUUCAGAUACUUCUAGAUGCUUGUAAGGCCAAAGGCAAAGAGGUGAUCAUUAUAACCACAGAUACCUCACCCUCGGGCACUAAGAAGACCAAGCAGUACCUGAACUCUCCACCUUCACCAGGUGUGGUUGAUAAACUCUCCCCAGCCUGCAUGUCUCCAUCAGAGGUGGAGAUUCGAACCUCAAACUCACCUGCCGGAGAAGAGGAAGAAGGCAUCUUCAGCUUUGCUCUUACUUCCGCCCUCCCGCUUCCUUCCAACAGGCCACCAGGUGAGAGGAGACCACCACCACGCAAGCUUCUCAAAAGACUGAACUCAGAGCCCUGGGGCUUAGUGGCACCUAGUGUACUGGCUGAGAGAGGUGAGAUGCUGGAAGGCAGCCUAGCAGAGGAGGACAAGGUGGUGUCAGAGAUGAACGGUAUGUCAAUCUCUGGUCCAGGCAGACCACUGCUUUCACGCAGACACAGCAUUGAAACUCAUGACCCCUGCUCCCCGAAGCUGAUUGACCGCUCCUGCUCAGAAGAUUGUGCAGCCCUCUGUGGUUCUUCUUGGGCUGACAAAGUGCAGCAACAUCAGUCACUGUAUCGCAGAAACACGGCGCCUGAGUCACAAGAGAAUGCUGGUCAUAACCGUGCUCUGGCUCACCCCAAACUUACACGCAUGGAGCACUACGAGUCAGAUACUCAUCUGUGUCCGGAGUCAAUUCCUGGGUCUCCAGAUUCUGGUCGUGUGUCAGUGGAGCGCCGCAAGUACAAUGCCUCACCACUAUCUUUAGUUGCCAGUUCCUCACGUGAGUCCCUGGAGAGCAUCCCGAACUCAGUGUCCCCUAUCACUAUGAGGAGGAGACCUCCAGGCCUGCUGGAGCGAAGAGGUUCUGGCACACUCCUGCUGGACCACAUUUCACACACACGGCCUGGAUUUCUUCCUCCACUCAAUGUCAACCCCCAGCGACCCAUCCCGGACAUCCGGACCAAUGGCAAGCCGUCUUCACCCGUGCACUCUGGAAACAAGAUCCUGCUGCCCGUAGCACCCACAUCACCAAAGCGUGUUCUGGAUUUCAAGAUGAAGAAAAAGUUGAUGAGGAGGCAUUCCAUGCAGACAGAACAGAUGAAGCAGCUCUCCACCUUUCAGGAGCUCAUAGCAGAGAAGGUCAUGGAGGUCAAUGGAGACUAAUAGUUAUUGAGAGAAUCUGUGUGUCUCUCUCUCUCUCUCUCUCUCUCUCUCUCUCUCUCUCUCUCUCUCUCUCUUUCUCUCUCUCUCUCUCUCUCUCUCUCUCUCUCCCCUUCUCUCUCCCCCUCUCACACACACAUACACACACACACACACACACACACAAACACACACACACUCUCACUCUUACAACUGGAUAGUGAAAUGCUGACUAGUCUAAUGCAUUAACCAUAUUCUUAAAGUUGUUGAUGACAGUAAUUGAGUAUGUAUAGCUACCAUUUAUACCCACUGGUGGUUACUGACUUCCAAAUGCUUUUGGCUAUGUUGGCACAGUUGGCCAAGCUGUUCCUUAAUCAUUUAAUUUAUUUUUGAUUUAUCAUAUAUUCUUUCAUUUUUAAGAAACAGAUUUCAUCAUUUAAAAUGUUUACACUUUAACCUGUUUCAUGAAGUUUUGUUUAAAAAUUGUCAGCAUGGUUAAAAUUGCUGGCAAAGUGAUGCGCUGUCCUGUAAAAGCAUAUCAAAGGGGAAUAUAAAAAUGAUCCGUUCCUGCCAACCAAAUGCCAACAUUCAGUUUUUUUUCUUCUUAAAAUCCUUUUGAUUGAUGCUAAAACUUCUGUUUACUCUAUUCACUGCACACUAAACUAUAGUAUUUAUAAUGCCUUUUACUGAUGACUAAUCACAAGAUUGUAGCAUUAAGAACAAGAAUCAAAACUUUUUUGAUGAUUUAAAACUUCAGACAAAAAUGUUCACCACUGAAAUGGUGUGUGAUAGGCACUAUAUGUAUAAUGGAUUUUUUUUUUCUUUAGAAAGUGCAAUUCUUCAUUAAGAAUCCCAAAGAAGUUCUAUAAAACCCUUUCACACUCACAUUUACUAAAAUUAGGAAAACAGGUCAAAUAUUCAAUAUAAAGAGCACGGAGGUUGUGUCAUGUGUGCACAAGAGGCAGAGCGCACAUGUAGAUAUUGUACAGAUUUCACAGGCAGUACAAUAAACAUUAGUAUUUUAAGUAUUUCUGUGUGCAAUAUUUUGUGCUGCAAGAUCUCUGGUUUCAUAUUAUUGUGGUAAACAUAAGAUAAUCAGUUACAUUUGCAGCAAGAGUAAUUUGCACUUCUGCCGAAAAAAAUGUAGUGUGGAACCAUGAACACUACAAACUAUGUUAUCCCUUACAAAAAGAGCAUACACACAUUUGAAAUGAAAUUAUUUUCAGUGUAGUGUUUGUCAGUGUAGAGAGAGUAUAUCUAUAUAUCUAUAUAUAUAUUACCGAUAAACAAGAAUUAGUUUAAGAGCUUAAAAAGUGUUUAAUAGUCUUGCUUUUGUUUCGUUGAUGCGAUAUUCAAGUGAUUUUAUUUAAAGAAUAUAAAUUUAUUUCUGUGUAUUCAACUACAUGUACUUUAAUAUGAAAACAAAAAAGUAGAGUAAUAUUUUUCUAUACCUCUGUGAUGGCCCAUUUUUCCAUCUAUUGUCUAUCUUUUAAAUCAAAAUAACAAUAUUAUUGCUAAAAUUCUUUGGGUGGAAAUCAUCUCUUCCAGUGUGGCAUUUUUUUUCACCGGCAACAUAUUAGGACACAAGGAGAAAAAAAUUAAAAUGUUUAUGUUAUUUAAUUAUGGACUUUUUUUUUAACCAUGUGAAAACACCUCUUUAAAAUACAUCAGGUGACACUGUAUAUUUGAAUUAGCAAGUUCUCUAGUUGCUACGUUAUUAUUCUUGUGCGAUCGUCUCAUCAUCAUUCCAGAAUCUUUCUAUGCUCCAGAGAGCAGUGAGUAGUUGCACUGAGUUUUCCCUGUUUCUGAAUAUCAUUGUUGAAGUUCACAAAAUUCUCUGUUGUACAAAACUCCCUGUGACCUUGUUGAAAUUGUGCUCAGGUAUGUCUGAUCAGACCUUAAAAAAGAAAACAAAACAAAAAAAACACAGAAAAAAAAAAACAGAAAAAAGUACAAGGGUCUUCAGUUGUGUUAGGCUGUGUACACAAAGGACAUUUCAUGACGUGCUGCUAAGUCUCAUUGGUUUACAGGAAAAUAACAACUGCGUAUCCGAGUGUUUUAAUUCGCAUUGUGUCAAAGGGAUAGCAGUUACACUAUCAACAUCUACUUCUAUGGAUUUAAUAUUUAUUGUAACUUUGUAUGUUUGGUGUGGUACACUGAUAAAAACUGUACUGAACUGAAUCAUUACUUGCUAAAAAAUGUAGAUGAAUCUUGUGUUAGCAGUAAGCCUUAGGGACGAGAGGCAGUAGGCUAGUGUCCGUGUAACAGUCUGCACAACACCAUGAUGGGAAUAAGUCUCAUAUUCAUGUGAGACAUUUAUGGUGCUUUGAAUAAAGGCAUGACUAAACCAAACAUCUGUGUCUGGUGAAGUUAUUUACCUCCACGUUGUCUCAGAGAUACCACUGUAAUUUAUACCAUGUCAAAGGUAUGUUACAUGUUACAAUGAUAAAGGUACAGUAGAGAGAAUAUUAACAGAAUGAGGAAAGGUGAAUUGAGGUGAAUUGUUUGUUAGAUGGGUCAAGAUGUUUUAGUGUCCUAAAAUCUAUCUAACUGAGUUUGUGCUUUCUGGUCAUACUAAUGUGAAACCACAAGAAUGCAAGACCACAUUAUCCUCUUUAUGUUGCAUUAUAUGUAAUAUACAGAAUUGUAGAUGCAUAAUGUCAAUUUGGCAUUUGUACAAUGUCCACAGAAUGUUCUUGUGGCUAAGUGGACACAUCCCCACAGCCAAACACUAAUGGAAAGUCUUCCCAGAAGAUUGGAGGUUAUUAACAGCAAAGAGGGGCCGUCUCAUCUGAAAGCAUUGCAGAGGUCAAUUCUGUUGUUUUUGAUAUAUGCUGAAGACAUUUGGGUUUGAGAUCAAAAGCUAAAAAUAAGAAGACAUUAGAAUUUUAGCUUUAAUUUCCUAAUAUAUACAUCUAGAUCAGUUAAACAAUUUGAAACAUGACACCUUUGGUGACAGACCAUGCCAUUUUUAGGUGAACAAAAAUUAGAAGAGAUAAACAACACAGUGAUUGUGUUGGUAUUUAUUGUGUUGGCAUGGUGUUUUUGUUUAUGGUCUCACUUCACGAUGAUGUUUCUCUCAAAUAAAUUGGAUGUGUUUGUCUGUAAAUUGACUGACAGAAUGUUCAUGUAGACUUCUGAAUUCAUUCUUCUGCUACCAUCAGGAGUUUAUUGACAGGAUCAAUAAAGAAGAAAGUGAGACUCUUUCUAAUUGUUCCAGAAGCACUCGUGAAAGUCCAAGUCACUACCUCCACCAUGCCUAAACAAGGAGCUUGUAUAUUUUGACACUUUUUCAGUAUUUGUGUCCAAAGUCUUCUUUGUACAGUGAUUAGUGAUACCUUCACCCCUGCCCUGUGGAGGUUGUUGGUGAGCUAUUGUUUU